AUGGCUUUACUACUACCCGGCGAAACGUGGGACGAGGCAGAGCUGCGCCUUGGGUUCCGAGUAGAGCGGCCGCCUCCAAAAAUGUUCGUCGGUACUCCACUAGAAAUGGGUGCUCGUGGGAGGGCAUGGUUAGCAUCAGAACCACUCUGGUCCGCGGAAAGUCGGAUGGGUCCUGAGCCCUCAUGGACCGGGGUGAAAAUCAUGGGCGAAGGCGGGAAUGGAACAGCGGGAAAAUGGAGAUUGACAUAUCGCCAACCUCCGGAGGGUACGCCGGGGAGAUUGCCCUUCGAAAGUAUAGUUGUGAAACAGCAAGCUGGGGGCUGGGGAGACUUGAGAGAUGAAUCGGAAAUAUACGAGCUGCUGCGUCAUACGAACUCUCAGCAUCUGGUGAAGAUGUUUCGGAGAAUGUAUGAGGAUCGAGGUCUUAACACGGUAUACGCGGAUAGAGAUGGUCCUGUACGCAGGAUAUAUUUGGAAGAUUGUGAGAAGGGUGACCUCUCAAGUAGGAUAUCUGAGCGCUUCAGCGAAAGAUCCAUAUUUGAGGAAUAUGAGAUAUGGGAUACCUUCCAUUGCAUAGCCCGCGGUCUAUACGCUAUGCAUUCUGGACACGAAGAUCUUAACGAGGACAGAUGGGAUCGGGAUGAGAUAGUUCACUUUGAUUUCAAAUCUGAAAAUGUUUUCAUGAGCGCUGGUCCCAGAGAUGAUGAACAUAGAGGAGCACUCGUAAUGAAGGUUGGUGAUUAUGGGCAUGCCGGAGAGGUGCCCCUUGAGCAAGACCUAUUCUACAAUUUCAAACAUAGACGCCUUGGGACAGAAAGAUAUAAAUUACCUGAACAACUUAGAACUCGAGAACGUCCGUUGGAAAGACCGUGGAUGGAUCCGAUGCCUAAAUCCAUGCGCGAAGCAGGCGAUGGAAAUGUGCUCAAUAAUCUUCGCUAUGGAACUCACUCGAACAUAUGGCAACUCGGACUGAUAAUAUGGCAAAUGAUACAUACAACUGAAUGGUGCCAGGAUGGAAAUCCAUCGCUUGCAUAUAAUCAUGAGCCCGAUGUGAUAUGGGAAGGCGAGAGAAGGCGCCGACAGCCUGGCCCCCCGGGAAGAUUUGAACUUAAGCUUUAUAAAGUAGCAAAUACCUGGCUAGGAUUGAAUGAAGAAGUAGGUGGAGUGCAUACACUUGCUACACAAGACGAUAUAGAUUUCUACAGUGGAUUGUACGACGCACUGCCAUUUGAGCCCGAGGCCGACAUAGAUCCAGACCAGACUGAAGAGCAAAAAGCUAUGGCUAAGAAAAAGAGAAGAAUUGAAAAUCAAGCUAGAGAAAAAGUUCGCCAGGAUCGGUUAUACAGUGACACCCUACACAAAUUGGUAAUGGAUUGUCUGAUCGUGCAAGGCGAAGCUCGAAUUCAUAUCGAAGAUCUAUACCGAAAGACGCAACAACUUAAGAAGGUAUAUCAAGACUUAGUACCUCCCUUGCUCCCAGCUCCCUAUUCCCCUGAACCCGCCCUCGGAGACCUUCCACCCCCAUGGAACGACAUCACAACUCAACCAGGAGGAGGUCUCGGCAAGCCCGUGGUUGAAGAAGAAGAAACCUACCCACUCGAUCUUUUUGAACUAUUUUAUGCGACCGUGGAGCAUGAAAAGGUAGAAGAUGUCAUGAAAUGGGCACGAGAGAAUCCUAUUGAGACCAUUUCCGAUUAUGAGGCUGUUCAUGCACGCGAGCUCAUUACGAGAAACAGACAAUCUUUUGCUAACUACAUGGCGGAAUCAAGGAGAGCACGGGGCCAAAGAAUAAAACCACAAUACAAAGUGCCCGCUCCAUUCCCAGAAAAUUGGAGACAUGGAGUACUCCAGGACAACUCAAGAAGACGUGUUCUUCAGGCCGGUGUUUCUCCGUCUGGUCCUUCUCAGCAACAACGCGGUGCGCUGAGAGUCAUGAAUCCUGGCGGAAGGCCCCCACUUCCUGUGAUUACUGAAGGUGAUGAACGGCCAACUCACAUUCAAGGCAGCCCAAAGGGACCCAGAAAUUUCUCAUAUGAAACUGACGCCACGCCAAGUCAUUUAAGACACUUUGAGUCUACGCCUGAACACAUGAAACCGGUGGACCUUAGGGAAACUCCUGACUAUAUGAGAGGGGUAACAAGACCAGUCGGGUAUGCGGGAGGAGAUUUUGGAGGUGUUGGAGAUGCUGGAGAUUUCGGAAGCAUAAGGAUAACAAGCGCAUCAGGUGAAGGACAAGAAAGGCGCCCUUUUGGAGAGCAGUCUUCUAUGGAGUCUAUAGAUCUCGGAGGAGGAAUCAAAAUAGGUGGAGCAGGAAGAAGAAGGGCGUCCCGGAAAAAAUCUUCCGCGAAAGUCGAUUGGCCCGAGUUCCCCCUUGGCUUACAAAAAGACGUCGACAAACCCUUUCUACUCCGUGCCCUUGCAAUACCUGAACUCGCGGGUUCGAUUUUAUUUUGCACCGUUAUUGAGGUCAAGGGCACAGAGGAAUUUCUAAAAGGCAUCGUAUAUUUGACCGGAUUACUGAACGGGACCACGAUAUAUGACAUGAAAGAAAUGCUGGACGAGAGAGAGACGGGAAUUCCGUUAAAACAGAUGAAGUUGAUGGGACAUGAUCAAUUAUCGGUUUUUAGGGAAUUCGAGGAUGAGGAGAAGAGAACAGCGAUUGGUGGGAUUGAAAUUUUUCUUUACGAUGUUGGACAGGGCUGA